AUGACCUGUAUAUUCCCAUUGAAGCUGCCGCCUGCAGCCCGUAUCCGAUCCCCCUCCCCUCUGUCCCAAUGCCCCUUCUUCGCCAGUGUUCGUAUAGGGAACUUCCCAGGCUUUCUCUAUAUACCCACCCACGGCCCCCAGUUUAGGAACCCCGUCAAAACCAGUCUGUCCUUCUCUUCUUUCCCGACUAGUGGGUGGUCCGCCGUGCGCUUUCUUUUGGGUGGGGUCCAAUGUCUGGAGAAAAACCCUCCUCCGAAGCAUGCUUUAAUAGAGAAAAGUUGCACGGAGUGUACAGAGCUCCGCGAAGUUCAGGUGAAGCUGCCUGCCAAGCUUGGACUUCCCUCCCACUCGUCCCGGGGCACGUCCUCCUGUGUGGGACCAAAGAGCCGUCUCCAGAGGCCAGCCCGGUCCCGUGUGCCCCAGAGGAACCUCAGCGCAGGGGCAGAGGGCGGCCACGCAAACCGCAGCAGGAGCCUGUUGGACCACCGACUCCAAAGAGGCCGAGGGGAAGGCCCAAAGGCAGCAAGAACAAAGGGCCCAGGACUGCACAAAAGAAAGUACAACCUGCUGGGGAGCGAAGACCUCGAGGUCGACCAAGAAAAUGGCCACAAAAGGUUGUUCAAGAGGCAGCAGAGGAGCAGGAGGAGUCUGAAGAGGGUCCAUCGCAGUUCGAGUCUGUGUCAUCUCAGGAUCCAGAGGAAGGGCAGUAGACGGUUCUACCUCAAGAGAACACGACUGGAUCACCAAAAAUGA